AUGGAUCACCUCAAAUUAACUGUUGACAUAUUGUCAGUUGAUGCCAUAAGUGAACUCGUAGUAGAUGAUAGCUGCGGAGCUGUCUCCAUCUUUGUGGGGACUACCAGAGACAAUUUUGAUGGUAAAAAGGUGGUGAGGUUGGAGUAUGAAGCGUACGAGUCUAUGGCUUUAAAAGCCAUGAAAGCUAUAUGUGAUGAUGUCAGAAGCAAAUGGCCACCUGUUCAUAGUAUAGCAAUAUACCACAGGUUAGGUAAUGUUCCAUGUCGCGAGGCAUCAGUAGUGAUAGCAGUCAGCAGCCCGCACCGCCGGGACUCCCUUGACGCCGUAGCGUACUGCAUCGACCAGCUGAAGGCCACUGUGCCCAUCUGGAAGAAGGAGGUUUACGAGGGAGAUGCGCCCGUCUGGAAGGAGAAUGCUGAAUGUCCAACCGAAAUGGUUCCUAGAAGACCAUCAGUCAAAACAGAUACCAUAGACCCAAACUUAGUACAAAUAAAUGUCACAAGUGAAGAGUUGGAACGGCGAAUGCAAAACUUCAUAGAGCGAAAGAGACAACAGGUUAACAUAAGCAACAUACAAGACUUCAUACCGUCGCAAGGAGUGAACGAGACAGAAGAAACGGAUACGUGUGCAAGAGUGAGAACGCAGUUUGUGAAGCGCAGCGAUUCUAAAGGGCAUUUGAAGAUACGAAAAGUCCAUAACGAAUGGGGCCCGCAAACCGUCCAAUACAUGGACACCCAUCAUGAAUCGAAGGCUGACAGCGGCCUGCCUCCAUACAUCGCCGAGAGGGUGCUUACUGUUGAGAAAUAUCUGAAUAUUGGACCCGUAGCUCCCGAUAUAUAUCGACGACUUAAGGAAGUGGAGGACAAGAUUGCACAUUUGCAAACCAUAUCACCAGAGUACGCACAGUUUUGGAAUGGCACCGUACCAGAUUCAAAACAAGAUGCUACAGACUACGCCUUCUCAGCUGACGACAUCGCAAGGAAGAUUGAGAUGCUGGAGCGUCAGGGAUCCUAGUAUCCCUACUGUACCUAUGUAUGUACCGAAGUACAAAAGUAAAUAGGGUUAAUAACUUAAAAUGUUUACUAUUUCUGCCACCAAGGAGCUUGCUUUCUGAUAUCGCAAGGAAGAUUGAGAUG